UCUUCUUCUUCUCUUCACACCGCAAUUCAUUUCUAUUUCUAAUUUCUAAUUUCUAAUAAUGAUACUAAUAUUAUGGAAGAUGUAGAUGUAAAUUCUCAUUAUUAUUAUUAUUAGUUCUUCCUUUUUUCUUCACUCCUUCGUAGAAUUCGAUUCAGAAUCAGAAUCAAAGAUAAAAAGACCUAACAAAAAUGUCCGUUACGGAGCUGAAGGAACGUCACAUAGCAGCGACGGAGACCGUUAACAAUCUCAGGGAACGUUUGAAGCAGAGACGCCUUUCUUUGCUUGAUACUGAUAUUUCUGGCUAUGCGAAGUCUCAAGGUAGAACUCCUGUUACUUUUGGACCCACCGAUAUUCUCUGCUGUAGAACGCUCCAAGGUCAUACUGGAAAGGUGUACUCAUUGGAUUGGACUUCAGAAAAGAAUCGAAUCGUUAGUGCAUCCCAAGAUGGAAGAUUAAUAGUGUGGAAUGCUCUAACAAGCCAGAAAACUCAUGCUAUAAAGCUUCCUUGUGCAUGGGUCAUGACAUGUGCUUUCUCGCCGACUGGUCAAUCUGUUGCAUGCGGGGGCCUUGACAGUGUUUGCUCUAUUUUUAAUCUUAAUUCCCCCACUGAUAGGGAUGGGAAUCUAAAUGUUUCACGGAUGCUUAGUGGGCAUAAAGGUUAUGUUUCAUCUUGUCAGUAUGUUCCCGGUGAAGACACUCACUUAAUUACUGGUUCUGGUGAUCAGACAUGUGUUUUAUGGGAUAUUACUACUGGCCUUAGAACAUCUGUUUUUGGAGGUGAAUUUCAGUCAGGACAUACUGCAGAUGUACUUAGCAUUUCCAUUAAUGGAACCAACUCCAAAAUGUUUGUAUCUGGUUCUUGCGAUUCGACUGCCAGAUUGUGGGACACUCGUGUGGCAAGUCGAGCAGUGCGGACAUUUCAUGGGCAUGAGGGUGAUGUUAAUUCUGUCAAAUUCUUUCCCGAUGGAAAUCGAUUUGGAACUGGCUCAGAUGAUGGAACUUGCAGAUUGUUUGACAUUAGGACUGGGCACCAACUUCAAGUAUAUUAUCAGCCACGCAGGGACACUGAGAUGGCACAUGUUGUGACCUCCAUUGCAUUCUCCAUAUCUGGAAGACUUCUUUUUGCUGGAUAUACAAAUGGUGACUGCUAUGUUUGGGAUACUUUAUUGGCUAAGGUGGUCUUGAAUCUAGGAUCUCUUCAAAACUCUCAUGAGGGCAGGAUCAGCUGUUUGGGUUUAUCUGCUGAUGGAAGUGCUCUGUGUACAGGAAGUUGGGACACAAAUUUAAAGAUAUGGGCAUUUGGAGGGAUUAGGAAGGUGAUUUAAGCCAUCCAUGGGAUAAAGACUCGUACUUUGACUUCUUUUGCGAGGACCUCUCCUUGUACGAUGUUGUGGUUCAUCACAAUAAGUAGCUAUGCGUGUGAUGUCAACUUUGGAGAAAAAUUGGAAGGCAAAGUUUAUAAUCUUAAGCAAUGAAACUAGUGCAGUGUUUGUUUAGCUCCAUGCUCAUCUGUUCAUGUGUAUUUAACUAUUUGAAAUAUGUGUUUGGUUCUACGUUGGGGAGAACCAAUCGUUCGUUCAGAGUGGUUGGAUGAGAUUUGGAUCAGUUUAGAGGAUGUUAUCCCCCAUUGUAAAAUAGAUUCUUCCUCAAAUUGAUUCCAAAUAGAAGCAACUCCUUUAGCUUUUUCA